AUGGAGGAAAGUGAAACAGGGCAACAAAAGCAAACUUCAAGAAAACCAAAGGGCGGCCUCAUAACCAUGCCCUUUAUCAUAGCAAACGAGGCGUUUGAGAAGGUGGCCAGCUAUGGUUUGCAGCCAAACAUGAUGUUUUACUUGAUGAAUGAGUACAGAAUGGGAUUCACAAAGGCCACAAAUCUGAUGUUUUACUGGUCAGCAGCUACAAAUUUCAUGCCUCUGAUUGGUGCUUUUGUUGCUGAUUCAUUUCUUGGCCGUUUUCUUACAAUUGGCCUAGGUUCCAUCGCCUGUCUUCUGGGAACUAUACAGUUGUGGCUAACUGCCAUGAUCCCAGCUGCCAGGCCACCGAAAUGUGGGCCGGCCGAACUCUGCAAACGGGCUUCGCCCGCACAAAUCACUCUCUUGCUAUCUUCAUUCGGGCUAAUGUCCAUAGGUGCAGGUGGCAUAAGGCCCUGCUCCCUAGCGUUCGGAGCCGACCAAUUGACCGACAAGAAUAAUCCCGAAAAGAAACGAGUCCUCGAGAGUUUCUUCGGGUGGUACUAUGCCUCGGCAGCUGUCUCGGUUUUAAUAGCUCUAACGGUGAUUGUGUAUGUUCAGGAUCACUUGGGGUGGAAAGUGGGGUUCGGUUUGCCCGUCGCCUUGAUGUUUUUCUCGGCCGUGCUCUUUUUUCUUGCGUCCAAGUUGUACGUUAAGGAAGGCCCGAACAAGAGCCUUUUUACGGGCUUUUUGCAGGUAGUUGUGGCGGCUUGGAGGAAUAGAAGGCUCGAUUUUCCCGGGGAUGGGUCGGGCGAGUAUUAUCAACAAAAGGGGUGCUCGUCGGCAUAUACAACUCCAAGUGACAAAUUAAGGUUCCUAAACAAGGCGUGUAUCAUCAAGAACCCUCUGGACCUAUCGCCCAAUGGAAUCCCGAACGACCCUUGGAGCCUCUGCACGGUCAACCAAGUCGAGGAACUAAAAGCGCUAGUCAAAGUCAUCCCAAUAUGGUCGACCGGCAUAAUUCCCGCCAUAAACCUAAGCCAAACCUCGUUCCCCCUUCUCCAAGCUAGCUCCAUGGACCGCCACAUCACCCGAGGCUUCCAAAUCCCAGCUGGUUCGUUCGCCAUGUUCAACAUCAUAACCCUAACCCUUUGGGUCGUUUUGUACGACCGCGCGAUUCUACCUCUCGCCUCGAAAAUUGCAGGCAAGAAAGUCCACCUCGGAGUCAAACUAAGGAUGGGAAUCGGGAUUUUUCUAUCUUGCAUGGCCAUGGUUGUUUCGGGCAUAGUCGAGCACACGCGUAGAAAACGGGCGAUCGCUCAAGGGUUGUUGGGCCACCACGAUCCACACGGGGUCGUGAAAAUGUCGGCCUUAUGGCUAAUCCCGCAGAACUGCCUCUUGGGAUUAUCCGAGGCGUUCAACGCGAUCGGGCAGACGGAGUUUUACUAUUCAGAGUUCCCGAGGAGCAUGUCGAGCGUGGCCUCGUCGUUGUUCGGGUUCGGGAUGGCAGUCGCGGGACUGCUGGCGAGCGUGGUGUUGAGCGCGGUGGACAAGGGGACGAGAGGCGAAACGGGAAGAGCGAGUUGGGUGUCGGGUAGUAUAAAUGAAGGGCAUUACGACUACUACUAUUGGCUUUUAGGGGGGAUGACUUUUGUUAACUUGGUGUAUUUUGUGGUGUGUAGUUGGGCUUAUGGUCCUUGUGAUGAUGGGGGCAUGGUGGAGGAGAAAAAGUCUAUGGUUGGGACAACAUGUUGA